AUCAAAAUUAUAUUUCUUUUUAAAUAAAUAAUUACUUUUGCAUAAAUUAUGAUGUUGGAAGGAUAUACUAAAAUAUAUAGUAUAAUUGUGUAUAAAUUUAUUUAAAAAAAAUUUAUUAUCCAUAAAAUUUAUUUUUAUUUUCGACCCAAAGAUACUUUAAGUAAAAAAAAUUGAUUAAAAAAUAUCCUCCUAUAAGCGAAGGCAGAUGGACGCGAAAGAGUUCUUAAAAUCUAGUCAGAUGAUGAGUGAAUACAUAGUCAAAUAUUUAGAAAAUAUUCAUAUUCGACCAGUAAUUCCUGAUGUGGAACCUGGAUUUUUAAAACAUUUGAUUCCUCUUGAAGCCCCAAACGAAGCUGAAAAUUGGGAAAACAUAAUGUCGGACGUAGAAUAUAAGAUCAUGCCCGGGAUAACGCAUUGGCAGCACCCCGGAUUUUUCGCCUAUUUUCCGGCCGGAAAUUCUUAUCCAUCUAUACUAGCUGACAUGCUAUCUGAUGCUAUUGGUUGCGUUGGCUUUUCCUGGGCUGCUAGUCCUUCUUGCACAGAGUUGGAGACCAUCAUCUUAGAUUGGCUAGCCAAAAUGCUUCAUUUGCCUCAACAUUUUUUGUAUCACUUACCAGGUAGUACUGGGGGAGGUGUUUUACAAGGAUCGGCAAGUGAAUGUAUCUUAGUGAGUAUGCUAACAGCUAGAAAUCAAGCACUAGAGAGCUUAAAACAAAAAUAUCCAGAAGAAUGUGGCGGCGUCCUUUUAAAUAAACUUGUUGCAUAUUGUUCUAAUCAAGCCCAUUCGGCCGCUCAUAAAGCUUCAAUAAUAAGCUUUGUCAACCUGCGUGGUCUUAAAACCGACGAUGAAUUUGCGCUUAGAGGACAUGAAUUAGAAAAGGCUAUACAAGAGGAUAUCAAGAAUGGAUUUUUCCCUUUUAUGGUGUUGGCGACGUUAGGCUCCACUUCUUGCUGUUCUUUUGAUAAUAUAAGAGAAAUAGGGGAAAUAAGUCAAAAACAUGGCAUGUGGUUCCACAUCGAUGCUGCCUAUGCGGGUUCAGCAUUUGUAUGCCCCGAAUUCCUACCCUAUUUGGAUGGGGUAGAAUAUGCCGAUUCAUUUAACACUAACCCUAAUAAAUGGAUGCUGACAAAUUUCGAUUGCUCCGCAUACUGGAUUAAAAAUAGAGACAUUUUGAUCAAUACCUUGAGUGAAAACCCGGUUUACCUUCAGCAUAAAAAUUCCGGUAAUAUUAUACAAAUAUUUUAUAUAAAUAAUUCUAUGAAUUUUUAUUUUAAAGAUAAGGCUGAAGCUAUUGACUAUAGACAUUGGGGAAUUCCAUUAAGCCGAAGGUUUAGAGCAUUGAAACUAUGGUUUGUAAUCAGGUCUUAUGGCCUAUCCGGCAUCCAAAAAUACAUUAGAAAUCAUGUAAAUUUAGCCAAAUUAUUCGAAAGUUUAGUGCGAAAUGAUCCUAGAUUUGAAAUUUGUGGGAAAGUUGUGUUGGGACUUGUAUGCUUUAGAUUAAAAGGCCAUAAUGCCAUUAACAAACGACUUUUGGAAUUACUUAACAAUACUGGGAAAAUUCAUAUGGUUCCUGCUUCACUAUGCAUCGUAUCCAAAUCAGAAGACGAACAUAUAAUUACAUCUGAUAAUACUCCUAAUAACAACCUAAAUGAUUUAUACGAAAAACAAGAUGUUUUUGUUUUGCGAUUUGCUAUUUGUAAAGAAAACGCGCAACCAGACGAAAUAACUUCAGCUUGGAAAUUAAUUCAAAUGAUGGCUUCUUUUAUAUUGAAGCGCCGUACAACAAUGAAAGAUGAGAUUUUGGGAAUCUCUGAGCCGAAUACUAGAAUUUUGGAAACUCUAAGGUAUUGCGCCAACACUGAAAAUCUGACCGAGCAACUUAAGAUAGAUCAUUUUGUCAAUUCUGAAUUAAAGGAUCAUAUGCACGCCCAUAACAAAUUUCAUAAUAAAACUAAGAACCAAAUGGAGGGUAGAUAUUUUGUCAGUAAUCAUAUGAAUUCAAAAUUUUCUCCCACGAGGAGUAAGAAUUUCUUUGAAAAUAAUACCAAAAACGGAAUCAAAAGUACAACUGAUAUGUGCGAUAAGGUUUCAGUUUCGAAUUUACCCAAUAAACGAAUCUACGAUAGCAGAGGAGUAGUCGAAUUUAAUGAUAUUAUCAAGAGAAUUCUUUUAACCCCUAAAUUAUCGUUCAAGAAAUUUCUAGAAUUGGAAUCUCAACAAAAAAUUAUACACAAAUCACAGAUAAAAGCUCCUAAAUCUCAAAAAUCGAUGCAAAAGCUGCUAAGAAUUAGACGAAGUUCUAGUACAGAUUCAUUAAGCCCAUCACUAGCUCCCGAUGAUGAAGUCAUUUUCGCAAACGACCUGAAUGACUUAGAUGAGAUUCUAAUUAAUUCAGACGACAUCAAUUUAAGAAAUGACUUGGGACUAAGGCGAGAUUCUGUUGUAACUCGAAAGGUUAGUCAAUAUCAACCAUGCGUAGGAGAUGUGACUUUAUGCCAUGCAAAUUCCCAUCCCGGGGUACGGGAUAUAUCCGAAAAAGGUAUUUCAACUUUAAAUAGGUCUCAGGACGAUGAUAUGAUAAAAUAUCCUAUAGAAUUUAAAAAACGGGGUAAAAGCGCUUCCCUAGAUAUAGGAAUCAAUAAGGAUAAUAUUUACAUGUUGCGUAAUCAUUUAAAUGAACUUCUCCUGAAAUUAAAGCAAAUUUGAAAAAGAAAAGAAAAACGUCAGAAUUACUCAUUUGGGAAAAUUAUAAUAAAUAUAUAUUAAAGUGCUUCGUAAUCAGGAAUAUUUAAAUUAUAAAUAUUAAUAUUGCAGGCGA